UUUUUCUUUCCUCUUGUUUGGAAGAGACCACUAUCCUUCUGGCUACUAGCUAAGAGAGAAAGCUUAGCGCUAUCCAGUAAUCUAUCUAUCUUGUGACUGACAAUGUCGUCUACUAUGCGCCUCCAGGAGUUGUCUCCUAACGCGGAGAUUGUGUCCAAGUCUCAAGCUCGCAUUGUCAAUGUGGCCGCCGCGGUCGGUCUUCUGAAUGUGCUCAAAAGCAAUCUGGGCCCCAAGGGCACGCUGAAAUUGUUGGUCGGAGGAGCCGGUCAAUUGAAACUGACCAAAGACGGUCUUGUGUUGCUCAAGGAAAUGCAAAUCCAACAUCCCACCGCUGCCAUGAUUGCGCGAACGGCCACGGCACAAGACGACGUGACGGGUGAUGGGACCACUUCGACGGUCUUGUUGUGCGGCAGUAUCCUGCAACAGGCGGAUCGGUAUUGUCGCGAAGGAUUGCACGCUCGUGUCAUCGUGGAUGGAUUGGAAUUGGCACGAGAAGCCGUACUCGAAUUCCUAAAGACGGACUUUGCCUUAGUCCCCGAUAGUAGCGUGGAUGGCUUUAUUCAUGAUCGAGAGUUACUCCAUCAUGUCGCUCUGUACGGCGGCUUCGAACUAAUUGGACCUCUGGGCCGUUCGGGUGGGUUGCUCUAUUCAUCCAGUUAA